GAGAGGAACGCAAGGAAUCGGAAUUCUGUUUUUUUUUAUUUUUAUUUGUGUAAAAUAAAACAAUUGUAAAUACGUUGAAGUUUUAAAAGUUGAGUAGGCUUUUAAUAAUAAACUCUACUAAUUGAUAAACACAUUGUGCAUGUAGACAAGAAAAACCGUUACAAACUGGAAUAAAUUAACAAAUAGUUUCUCUUAUAAAUUGAUUUGAUAAAAGACAAUUAACAUGGGUAAUUACACAAGUAAAAUAUUUUCUUAUAAUGGUGAUAAGAGUGAUGAUUCAUCAAGGAUUGAGGCUAAUUUACAAGAUGAUAAAUUAAUUAAAAAUCAAAUGUGUACUCCUGUUAAUCAAUCUAAAAAAAUUAUGAUUGAUCCAAGAUCAGCAUCAAGUGGUAUUGCCAGAACUCCAAUUGAGUCAUCAACAACACCAGUAGUACCUCGUUAUGUUGCCAAGGCAUUGCCUAAGCAUCUUCAUACUAAAAAAUAUCUUGAAACUGAUUUUGACAACAUUGAAUCAAGUCCAGUGACUAGAACAAUUCCUGAUCCAAGAUCACCAAAUAUUGAUCAACAACGUACUCCAAUUGUUGUUAAACCAGUGACAAAUUACAUCAGUCCAAUUGUCAUUGUAAAAGAGGGAUCAAAUGAAUUAACACCAGAUUUAAAAACCAUUGAUCCAAGAUCACCAGCAAUAGCAUUUGACAGAACACCAAUUUUAAAAUCAAAUACAUUUGAUUAUUUAUCAUCUGAUAAACAUGAAACUUCAAUUGAUUUAAAAAAUAUUAAUUCAAAUAUUACAAUGUCAUAUUGUGAAACUAAAGAUGAAAUGAAUAUAUCUGAGAUUCAAGCACUACCAGAAAUAAAUACUAAAAAACCAGUUAAUUUGGUUGAUCGUUUAAAUGUUUCUGAUAUUGUUGAUAAUACAUCUCAAAUUAAUAAUAAUUCAUGUGACAGUAUUUGUUCAGAUGACAGUAUUUAUGAAGAACAAAUAACUGUUAUUCCAAAUUUAAAAUCAUCCAAAAAAGAUCCAAUGAUUGAUGAUACUAUUGAUGAAGAAUCACUUGAUAAUAAAUUGAAAGAAAAAGAAGAUGUUACUAAAGACGUUAAAGUUGCUGAAGAAAUUGUAGGAAAAAUUCGUGUUUGGAGAGAUUCAACAUCACCACAACCAACUGAAAUUAUUCCAAGUGAAGCUAUCAAAAAUUCACAAGAAAUUAUUAUUGAAUUUGAUGACAAUAGUAUUCUUUCAUCAACAAAAACAGAUGUUACUAAAUUGUCAAUUGCUGAGGAUAAUAUUAACAAUCAAAUUGUUAAAACACAUAAAGUUAAAUCUUCAAAAAAAGAUAUUAAAACAAUUAUUGAUGAUAUUAAAGAUGAAGCACCAAAAUGUCGUACACCACUUGGUAACAGAUCAAAUAAUACAAAAUCAAUUGAACUUGGUAAAUCACCUCAUCAAUUUUUAAGAAAUAAAGCAUUAAGUAAUCAUCAACAAGAAAAUACACCACCAAAUGCCAAAAGAUUUAGAGGUAAAAAUUCAACAAAUGCAACAACAUGGGAUCCAGAUAUGUCUAUCAUUAUUUAAUCAAUUUUGUAUUCUUAUUUUAAUUUUUUUUUUGAUGCAUGACAGAGUGCUUGACAAUUAGUUUAAUUUUCAUUUUGAUUUGUUGUUGUAACCAGUGCCAACUUGACGACUGAAUUUUAAUUUUUUUUUUUUUUUAAAUCAACAACAGCUUUGUUGUUUUAUUGAAUGAAAAUUCAUAACAAUCAAUUUUUUUUUUUUGUACUUUAAAUGAUUUAAGAUAUUUAUUCAAUAAUCAUACACUAUGAAUAAAUGUUUUUUUUUUUAAACAAAUAAAUAAUGUAAAAAUAAAAAA